AGUAACGAUUGUAAAAGGUUCCUCAUGACAUGUCCCUCUCUGAAGAAAACUGACCGCUGUCAUUGCAGAGGAGUAAGGGCAUAGGUUGAGGUUUAUGCAUGCACACAGUUACCCAACAGCCCCUCCCAUAGACUUGUGGAUUGUGCAAACAUGCUGCGAUUAGUCAGGACAUCAAUGUGCCUCUACUGCCAGAGGGCUCAAGUUAUGCUACACAUGAGGCCCUCCUCCUCGUUCAUUCAGGAAGAGAACACAGUUGCUGUGGACACCCUGUACGACCUGUCUGUAGACAUCAGUAAAGUCCGCAAGCUAAAGGGUUGGGUGUUGCGGCAGAGUCCUGUGUAUGUGAGCGAGAUCGCUACACUGUUGAGGGACAUGGGGGCCAAUGGCCAGGUCAUCGCCCGUGUCUUGGAGCUCUACCCAGAGGCCAUCCUUUGUACACCUGAACAAAUGGAGGUGCAGAAAAAACUGUGGAUGACAGUCUGCGCCAGCCAGAAGGAUCUGGUAGGAAUCAUCGAAAAAUUCCCUGCCUCAUUUUUCACACCAUCCUCUGAUCAUGACAACCAGACAGCCAAUAUUCUGUAUUUCCAAACGCUGCUUCUUAACAAACGCAUAAUUAGUAAGCUCAUGGCCAUCGCGCCUCAGAGCUUCAGCCGACCGGUGGAGCAAAAUCAGGAGAUGAUUCAAGCGCUCCAGAAGACAUAUUUGGACUUGGGUGGCAGAGAGGACAAUGUGAAGGCCUGGCUUCAGAAGCUGCUUAGUCAGAACCCGUAUGUGCUUCUAAAGCACCCAGAGGCCCUGCGGAAUAAUUUGAUGUUCCUACGUGAAAUGGGCUUCACCAGUAAUGACCUCUUGCAGCUACUGUCCAAAUUAAGGGGGUUUGUCACUGAACUCAACCCUGAAAGCAUGAAGGUCACCCUCAGCUACUCACAGGAAACCCUGGGAUGCAAAGAAGCAGAGCUCAGGCAGAUUGUACUUCAGUGUCCAGCCUUUUUAUACUAUUCCGUGCCUAUACUAGCUGAUCGGUUCAAAGGUCUUCUCUCUGCUGGAGUCACUAUGGAGCAGAUCACUGCAACACCCACAGUGUUAGAACUGACAACCCAUAUAGUUCAGCAUCGCAUUCAGAAAUUGCACUCUUAUGGUUAUGAUAUACGGACUGGCAGCCUAGAAGUCCUCAAUGGCACCAAGAAGGACUUUGAGAUGAACUAUGGAAAACUGCAUCUUAGGCGAGAGAGGCCGCUUUUUAAUCCAGUAGCACCACUUAGCACAGAGGAUUAAGAUUGUUGCACUUCCAUUAAGUUACAAGCAUUGUAUUGAAGUGCCAAGGUGCUACACAGAAUAUUAACAGUCGUGUCUGUCAUCACCAAGGGAAACUCAGGUUUUCUGUAUGAAUAGAUUCAUUUAUUCAUUAUUAUUUAUUUUGGUAAAAUUGAUGUGAUGAAAAGAAUAAAUGGUUGAAUGUUUUGAUUAAAAUGAUGAAGGUGAGUUGAAAGAUUUUCCAAAAUUCAUUGCUACACGCUGUGCUCAGAGAAAUGCAGCUAUUUUAUUUUCUCUCCUUCUCGUCAUAUUUAGUAUUUACUGUGUAUAGUUUAUCUAUCUAUCGAUGGAUGGAUGGCUGGCUGGAUUAAGAUAGAGAAAAAGUUCUUGGCAUGAGCCAUUGUUUGUAUGAAUUGAAUUAAUUUUUACAUUAUUUAAGUGAACCAUUUCCAGCAAUUCUCAUUACAGCUUAUAGUGUUUAAUUUUAUUUAUAUUCUCACAGGUCAUUCUAAUUAGAUUCUCAUUACAGUAAUAUAGACUUUUUUUUUACUGUAUUGUAGCAAAAAAUACUGUAAUACAUUUUUUAGUCAACCAUGACAAAGUCAACAAUAUAAUACCAUGAUAUAUGAAUAUAUUUAGCUGUCGUUUGAUUUGUGCAGAUGUGAUCUUGAACGAUUUUGUGAGAUUUGCCCUAAUGGUGCUUUGCCAAGCCAUUUGUGUAGCUUUAAAUUUCCUCAUCAAAGUCUCUAAUAAUAAGCUAUAUAAAAUACUGCUUUGAGGUAUGCAUUAUGUAGAUAAAUAUUCAUAUCAGUGAAUGUUUACAUGUAUGCUGCUGAACUCUAUGCAGGCAAAAUCUAAUUUGCAAGCAUUUCUCAAUAUUUUGUCUUCUGGGCAACAUUUUGAGAUAAUUCUGUGCUUUUUAAUGAUUAGACUAAAGACUUUACUGGUAUCUAUAAUGAGUUAUAUUACAGAUUGCCUUGUGGCAUCUGCUGUAUACACUUUGGACUUCAUGAUCUCUUUAAUAGAGAAAUAUAUUACAUUAUUACAAGGCUUCCAACCUCUGUACAGUCAUUUUAAUUUUUUUAUUCUAGUUUCCCAAAACAAAAACAAAACAUUUUUUUAAUCUUGAUUAGUGCUAAUAAUCAAAGCACAUUAUUAAGUGAAUUACACAUUAAUGAGUAAAAAGAUGCGUCACCUUUUUGGUACUCCAAAAUGAACGAAUUUCAUUCAUAUGUAUUGUUGCCCUUUUUUUUCUACCUCUCCAAAUUCUUGCCUCUACCUGUCUUUUGUUUGCUAUUCUUUGUACUUCUAGUGUACAGCGCCAGCUGGAUUACUGCUUUAUCCUGCAGAUGACACUUUGAGUUAUACCCUAACGCAUAGGAGGUUAAUAAGAGGGGGUAUAAAUAGCUCUGUGAUGAUGGCUAUUAUUUGCAAAUGUUACACAUUUAUUUUAUGGAGUAUAAUUCAAGGAAAAUAUGAAAACAUGACACAUGCAAUUCAAAUCUCUAAUUUCCUGCUCUGGGUUCUGCAAGGUAGGAUAUUAAGGUGGUAAAUAUUCCAUGUCUGAUGUCAUACAGAUUGUCCUCUGUGCCACUUGCUCUCAAGAGUACCUGAUCAGAGUGGUGUCCAGAAAAACA